AUGGGGUCCCAACCACUGGAACUGAGCAAGCUUCCGGAGAACCAUGAUCCCAUGCAGCCUUACAAGGUCGAGAAGUUCGACGAUGGCCUGAGCUACGAUACUCUUCAGGUCCACGCAGGCCACAGGCCCGACAAGGAGACACAUGCAAGAGCAGUCCCAAUUUAUAACAGUGUGCCAACGGUUGCAGUGUUUGAGAAGCGAGCUGCUGCUCUAGAGGGUGGUACCGCGGCCGUGGGCACAUGUUCCGGACAAGCUGCUAUUUUCAACACCAUCAUCUGCCUCGCUGGGGCCGGCGACAAUGUAGUAGCGUCAAUCAACCUCUAUGGCGGCACCUACAGCCUUUUCAAGACCCUGCUCCCUCGCCUGGGAAUUGAGGUGAGAUGGGCCAAGCUUGAGACGAGGGAGGAGUAUGCCAAGCACAUCGACGAGAAGACCAAGCUCUUUUUCGUCGAGAGUAUCGGCAAUCCUCGCUGCAGCAUCCCUGAUCUCCAAGGUCUGGCCGACGUUGCUCAUGAGAAUCACAUCCCGUUUGUUGUUGACAACACAUUCGGUGCAUGCGGCACAUGGUGCAGACCCAAGGACUUUGGCGCCGACAUAAUCUUGCACUCAGCCACCAAGUGGAUGGGCGGCCACGGCACCACAGUCGGCGGCGUCAUCAUUGACUGCGGCACAUUCGACUGGGGCGCUGCCGGCGAGCGAUUCCCUCGGAUGAUCCACAAGGACGGGCCGAUGAGCUUCUCAUACUGGAAAGCCUUUGGCAACAUCUCGUUCGCCAUGGCAAUGAGAAUCGACAUCCUGAUGGAAGUAGGAUCGAUAUUGAGCCCGGCGUCGGCGCAGCAGUUGCUGAUCGGGAUGGAGACGCUGAGCUUGCGGUGUGAGCGACACGCUAGCAACACGAUUGCGGUCGCUCGCUUCUUGGAGGCGCACCCGAGAAUCGCGUGGGUCAACUAUCCAGGCCUCGAGAAGAACCAGUACCACGAGAACGCAAAUAAGUAUCUGAAGAACGGCUACGGAGGCGUCCUCUCCUUUGGCCCGAAAGGUGGUGAUGUGGCAAGCAAGAUGCUGCUGAACUACGUCAAGGUCAUUUCUCACCAGACAAACGUCGGAGACUCCAAGACAUUGGCUACGCACCCAUGGAACUCGACACAUGUUAUCAUGUCCGAGAAAGACAGGCGAGAGGCCGGCAUCACCCCAGCGUUUAUCCGGUUCUCGGUCGGCACUGAGGACGUGCGGGAUAUCAUUGGGGAUCUCGACCAAGCGCUGAAUGCGCUCCCCCAAGAUAUCGUGAACGCGCACGAUGAGAAACUGGAGGCAAAGUUCACAAACGGUGUCAACGGUGUCAACGGCGACACCACGAUGGCUGACGCUGUACCGAUCACGAACGGGAAGGUAGACUACACUGAUGCGGAUGUGUCCUUGUCAAAGUCAAACGUCCCCCUGGGCCGGCAGACUGCUGUGGGAAAUUGGUGA